AUGCUGAGCAUUUCGAUUCCCAACAUUCGUCACAUCAACACUACUACCGGUAACAGCACCCAGGUUGGUGACGACGUGGAUUCUUCCGCCACCACGAUGUCUUCCAGUGCCCAACAAAGUAAUAGCGAUGAUCCCAAGCUUCCUGCCGUCAAACAAAACCUGUCCGAGGCGUUUUCUCGGCAAACAUACUAUGAGAUUUUCAAGCACAUGAAAGAGACAGUGGUGGUGAAGGACCGUACCUACCAUCUCAGAACAUACAAGGAGUGCUUUUUGGCAAAAGAUGUUGUGACAGUAGCCAAAGAAUUUCUGUGGUUGGAGACACGAGAAGAAGCUCUUCAAGUGUGCAAAGAGAUGAAUGAGAAGAUUCAUUGUUGGGAACAUGUCUGUGGUGAUCAUCAGAUUGAAGAUUCCCACUUGUUCUUUCGAUUCACACAAGAUAGCACUCAACAAGACAAUAACAAUGCUGGUGCUGAUGGCGUGGAUUCUUCCGCCGCCCAACAAAGUAGUAGCGAUGAUCCCAAGCUUCCUGCCUUCAAGCGAAAUCUGUCUACAGCAUACACUCGACAAACCUACUAUGAGAUUAUCAAGCACAUGAAAGAGACCGUAGAGGUGAAGGAUCGUACCUACCUGCUGAAAACGUACAAGGCAUGUUUUUUGGCACAAGAUGUAGUGACGGUAGCCCAAGAAUUUUUCAAGUUGGAGACACGAGAAGAAGCGCUUCAAGUGUGCAGAGAGAUGAAUGAGAAGCUUCAUUGUUGGGAACAUGUCUGUGGUGAUCAUCAGAUUGAAGAUUCCUACUUGUUCUUUCGAUUCACACAAGAUAGCACCCGGCAAACAGGAUGCCUGGCAGAAGUCAUGAGAUCCAGACGACAGGCAAAGGAAGAAGAAGCCGAUCACGGUGCGUCACUUUCACUAAUUGGUGAUGAUGAAAAUGAAGCUGGCAACCAUCAUCAGGAUCUGCAAAAGCUACAAGCAGCCGUAAUGGGCGAGACGCUCAACAAAUCGUUUACAGCUGACGGCAACCACAAUAAUAAGGAAAGAAUACGAGGCACUCGAAGAGGGCAGAGUCCCAGAAAACCACAGCAACAACACACAAGGCGUACCCGAGAAGGCGUAGAACGAAGUCACAGUUGCCCCCGUGUGGAGAAUGGAGAUCACAACCCUACAUCAACGGAAAAACCCGCCCGUGUCCCUCGCCGAGACCGCAAUGGAUCCCAGGAUUCUCGGCGAUCGAGAGGAGUAUCACGGUCAACGAGCUCCAAACGAUACAGUGAUGAUGCGCGACGCUCCAACAGUCCCCACGCUUCCAGCCUCAGAGAUCCUCAUGGAAGUCAGAGAUCUAAUGCCUUUUCGGGAGAGUCCGAUUCUAGCAGAUCCAGCGACGAUGCCUGCCCAAAAUGCUCCUGUGAUGCGAAACGCAGUCCAAACAAUUCUCGCAGCCCUUCGGAACGUCCCGUACGUCAUCAAGGAUCGGCGUUUUCGGGCGAGUCCGAUUCAAGUAAGAGAUCCGGUGACGCCGCCCCCAAUCGGCCAAGUGCCGAUGCACGACGCUCCCAUAGUCCCAGCCUGACCAGCAGCAGCCACCAUGGGCGUUCGGGAUCUAAUGAUGCCAGGCCCAAGCGGUCCAGUGCCAACGCGCGACGCUCCCGAAGUCCCAGUACGCUGACGACCAGCAGCCACAAAGAGCGGCCCGAGUCUCGAAGUUUUUCCGGAAAGAGUUUGAGACGGCCUCAGGCUUCCUUGUCUCCCGUCGUCGCACCGCGAGUGUCGCAGAGCAGCCGACGAUACCAGGCGCUGAAAAAGAAACAGGACAGCCUGAGAGAUUUGUUGGGUGAUGGCAAGGAUGACAAUAGUGUUUCUUCGGAAGAAGCGGAAACAAAGAGAACAUAUCUGCCGGCAUUGGCUUCUCUCGCACAGCCUCGUCCUGAUGGGUCCAAACGAGGGUUUGAACGAGCGGCUAGUUUCAAGGUGCCUCGAACAGCUAAUAGAGAGCAGCACAAGAAGGGAGCGGCGUUGCCGCCGAGGGCAUCCAGUGGACCACCUCGAUUGGCUUCCAUUCAAAAAGCCAAGGAGUUUAUCGCCCAAAAGCGCGAGACUGACAAAAAAUCUGCCGUGACCAAUGCUGUUCAGAGGUGA